CACAUCUAAAUGUUUGCUUAUGGCAUUUUCCCUCCAAUUUUAAUUAAUCUCGAUUAGAAAAGCAUCCUUGCUACUCCUUGGCAAUGAAAACGGAUUUAAACAAUUUUCAACAUCCCGAAAAAAUUGGCGAAGGCACAUAUGGCAUUGUGUACAAGGCAUGUAACAAUCAAACCGGCCAGGAUGUCGCACUGAAGAAAAUUCGGCUUGAAGGAGAAUCAGAAGGCGUUCCAUCGACUGCUAUACGGGAGAUAUCUCUAUUAAAAAACCUUAAACACAAAAACGUAGUGCAGCUUUUUGAUGUGGUUAUAUCAGGCAAUAAUCUCUACAUGAUAUUCGAGUACCUUAACAUGGAUCUUAAAAAACUUAUGGAUAAGAAGAAGGAUGUCUUUACACCACAACUUAUAAAAAGCUACAUGCACCAGAUAUUCGAUGCGCUGGACUUUUGUCACACUAAUCGCAUACUGCAUCGCGAUCUCAAGCCGCAAAAUCUGCUCGUUGAUACUUCAGGCAAUAUUAAGUUGGCAGAUUUUGGUUUGGCGCGUGCUUUCAAUGUACCCAUGCGUGCGUAUACGCAUGAAGUAGUUACACUUUGGUAUCGAGCGCCGGAAAUACUGUUGGGAACCAAGUUCUAUUCCACGGGCGUGGACAUCUGGAGCCUUGGUUGCAUAUUUUCCGAAAUGAUCAUGCGACGUUCGUUGUUUCCAGGUGAUAGCGAAAUUGAUCAGCUGUAUCGCAUUUUUCGCACACUAAGCACGCCUGACGAAAGCAAGUGGCCUGGCGUUACACAACUUCCAGACUUUAAAGCUAAGUUUCCCAAAUGGGAAGCAGCCAAUAUACCGCAAACCAUACGCGAGCAUGAGGCUUAUGAUCUGAUUAUGUCAAUGCUGUGCUACGAUCCCAAUCUCCGUAUAUCUGCAAAGGACGCACUGCAGCAUGCAUACUUCCACAAUGUGCAGCAUGUGAAUAUUGUGGCGUUGCCUGUGGACCCCAAUGCUGGCAAUGCUUCGCGGAUUACGAAGCUCAUUUGACUCAAAGUUUAUGCUCCACAUUAUAGCUAUUUUAAUAUUCCAACUUCAUUUCAUAUCGACAUACCCUACAGUCAGACUAACAGACACAAUCAUAAUACAUACAUCAUUUACAUAAAAC